UGAUGUUUCCGUCCACCACUGAGCUGUUCAGCAUGUGUGUCUGGUCCCAGUGUAACCUGUCUUAGAGGAGCAUUUACCACAAUGAUGUAAACCGAGAAGACGUAUCGAUUAUUCAUCGUUUUCUUUGUGUCUGCAGUUGUUUCCCUACCUCACUUAACCUGAGGUAUAGCAUUAUUAAAAUAACCCCUCCUGGAUGUAUUGCAUGCACAGAGCCCUGCAGGUGGUUUGACAAAACCAUUAAAACUACACCAGUCUAUAAAAAAUGAUUUAUAAAGGCUUGGAUAUGUUAAGUAUAUGAUAAUUCUUCCAUAUAUCCGUGCAGGACAAAAGGCCAAACCUGCACUGGAAGUGAAUGUCGCCUUUUAUGCAUUGUAUUUUCUCGAUUAGUGUGGCGGAAAUUUGUGGCAGCAACAUGGGAUUAUAUUUCUCAACUGAGCACUACAAAGCAAAACCCGAUCCGCUGCUAUUACGUAACAGCCGGUGACAUAACUCCCUCCAGCCUGGGACGGUCAGGGCGGACAGAGAGUGCAGGGAGGCGGGGGAGAGACCGGGGCGCACGGCCGGUCCAGCUGCACUCUAUCCUCUCUGCUGCUGCCGCCUCGGGGGGAAUUAAAUUAUUUCAAAAAAACAACCACACAAGAGGAGGUGUACUGUUGAACAAGGGAGAGCUGAUAAUAGAAAGGGUUACAAGAUGAAGACCGAGUUCUGGGACCCGCUGUGAGGACGGGAAAGGAGGCGAGAUGGCAGUGCAUGUUUUCAAAUGUCUGCGCCGGCCCGGGCGCUAGAGCAGCCAACAGGUUGUCGGUGAGCUCCAGUUUGGUCACAUUACCUUCUGAGUCAAAUGGCGGCAGGUUGAGUUCAAAAACCUACUGACAUAUAGCGAAGCGUCUGUGGUUUUGUGUGUGUGUGUGUGUGUGUGUGUGUUUGUUUGAGUGAGAGGUGAGUGUGUGUGUGUUUUGACAGGAGAGUUAUGGAAUAUGAGGAGCCCGACGUGACCCCAGCUGACACCCCCAUCAAGAGAGGAGGAGCCGUGUCCAAGAAGACUCAUUUGACCCAGAUUGAAGUUAUCCCAUGCAAGAUCUGUGGUGAUAAGUCUUCUGGAGUGCAUUAUGGAGUCAUCACUUGUGAGGGCUGCAAGGGAUUUUUCCGGCGCAGUCAGCUGCCUACUGUAUCUUACUCCUGCUCCAGACAGAGCAACUGUCAGAUCGACCGAGCCAGCCGCAACCGCUGCCAACACUGCCGCCUGCAGAAGUGCUUGGCGCAAGGCAUGAGCAGAGAUGCUGUGAAGUUUGGACGGAUGUCCAAACGUCAGCGGGACUCUCUGAUCGCAGAAGUGGAGAGACACCGACAGCAGCAGCAGCAACAGCAGCAGCUUCAGGGAGAUACCGCGUCUGUCUUGUCCUACCCCACCAAGGCUCGUCAAGACCGCUCUCCACAGCUCCUUCAGCCUAUGGCCUACUCCUUUACUGGAGAGACUGAGUUGCUAUCCUACACCUCUGAUGGCCACCCUUACCUGGUGUGCUCCCCGAAUGAGUCGCAGGUGUCAGGUAUGAUCUACCGAGGCUCCAGUGUCUCUCCUACAUUGAGAUCCCAGGGGAGGGGGGACAACGGCGGACACUCUGACAUAAGAGGAUUUGACUCCAGACAGCCAUCUCAUGAUCUGAUGGGGAUUCAUCCCUACAACCCUCUGGAGGAUCCUUACAGCCUCUAUCCCCACUCUGUGAGAAACAUAGAUGACCUCUGUGCCAGCAUUGUACGUUCCCACAGAGAGACCAGCCAGUACAGAGUGGAGGAGCUGCAGGCUCUCAGAUGGAAAGUGUUCAACAGGGAGGAGAUCCAAACCUACCAGAGCAAAUCAGUGGAUGAAAUGUGGCAGCACUGUGCUGUCCGACUGACUGAUGCUGUGCAGUACGUUGUGGAGUUCGCAAAACACAUCCCAGGCUUCCGGAUGCUGAGCCAGAACGACCAGAUUGCUCUCCUGAAGACUGGCUCCAUGGAGGUGGUUCUGGUCAGGAUGAGUCGAUCCUUCAACACAGAGAACAACACUGUCUUCUUUGACGGUAAAUUUGCUGGAGCUGAAGUCUUCAAGUCUCUGGCAUGUGGUGAUUUAAUCACAGCAGUGUUUGAAUUUGCUCAUGGUAUGUGUGCUCUAAAGCUCACUGAGCACCAGAUCGCUCUCUUCAGUGCUCUGGUACUGAUCAACACAGAUCGUCCAUGUCUGGAGGACAGAGGCAGAGUUCAGCGUGUGCAAAGAAGCGUGGAGUUAGGACUCACACACAUUUUACACCGAGACAACCAAGAAAGUCUAAUGCACAAGCUGUACCAGAAGACGGCAGUGUUGCGUUCACUGUGCAUUAUGCACAUGGAGAAGCUGCACUGGUUCAGUCAGCGUUACCCGCUCACUGCUCACUCCAUGUUCCCUCCACUCUACAAGGAGCUGUUCGCCUCUGAGGCAGAACUGCUGCCAGGGACCACUAACUGAUGAUUCACUAGAAUAUGACGCACACACUCAUUAUUUUAAAUCUCAUCGUUACUUCCUGACAGAAUCUAUUUUUCUAAUAAUGAAAAUAAAAGCACAGUGAUCGUAGUGUGUUAAGUAUUACAUGACUCCCAGCAGAGCUUUUUGGUAGAUUGUGUCAAACAUAAAUUUCAAUAUUUUGAUAGCUUAUAUUGAUUAUUCCAGAGAAACAUGUGUUUUGUUGUUUUAUGACAGUUCAUUAUCUGUGGGAUGAUUUUUCUCUCAGGAUGUGCUAUUGUGAUUCUGUCCAGUUACUGUGUGUACGGUGCAUUCAGACAUACAGACACAAAGAGGCAGGACAGCGGUCAUUGUCCACUGAAACUUAAAAUGGUAGCUCAGCAAAAAUCUCUCUUAGAGUAGAAAACACUGACUGGUUGUAGAAUUGAAAGGUGACAUUAAAAGUUUGUGAAUGCCAUCAGUUGUAAUCAGCUUAGACAAUUCUGUUGAGUUUGUGAGCAAGUGUGUAUUUUAGUCUGCAUCUAUUCAGUGUUUCUGCUCACAAAAGAGAAGAUUUUGACUGCAGCAUUGCUAUAGUGCAUGUGUGUGAUAAAGUUUUAUCUUUUUCUAUCAGAGGUAUCACUCUCAGUCUUUCAUGGACCUGCACUAUAAGCUGCACCCAGAACAAAUCACUCAGAUUGACUCCCAUCAGCUCGACACCAUUGUUCGAUUAUAAUAUUUGAAUGUUGAUAUAAAUUGCAUGACAAGUUCCCUACAAAACAUGAACAAUUUAAAGACAUCAGAUACAUGAAAUACCUAAACUAUAUGAUCUCAACUCUCUGUCCAGUUAGAGCCGAAGGUGUCAGAUAUUCAGUGCUGAACACAUCUGCCUCUUUGUAUCAGUAUGUCUGUAGAGAAAUGUUUUUCCUCAGGUUGAUGUUCUAAGUCCCACAAAAGCGCUGGUACCUCUAAAACUUUAUCCUUUGUGUUUGAAUAAAUCUUCACAGACUUUUUUUUUUUAAUCUUUUGAGCUUUUAAAAGAAGUUGCAUUAAAUGUAGAAAAAAAAUAUUCAAUUAAAAAAAAAAUGUGGAGACGCAGUAGAAGUCUCUUCCUCUGUGUGCAAACUUUUCCUUUUGAACGUACAUUAUUUUCUCUACAUAUCUCUGAGUAAAGCCAUGAAUAAAGAGGAAAUGAUGAGAGGUUUCAGCAUUAAGUACUGUAUAUGUCUGGACGUAGUCUCCUGAGAUCAUAAUGAAGAUGAUUCCAUGCAAAUCUUCUAAUAAACUGCUGAAGCUGUGACACCUAAUAGAUGUGGUAAUGUUGUUUCUGGGAAUAACUUGUCAUGUAAACGGUUGUGUAAAAAAAGAAAAAAGAAGUACUCCUGUUAUGGUAAAAGAAAUGUUUCUUCAUUCUCGGCAUAUUGAAGGACAGCCAGACAUCGUGUCAGCAACAUGUUGUCACAACAGCUGCAGCAUGAUUUCAUGUUAAACAGAGGAAAUAUUAGUCACUGU